CAGAACUGAAGGAUCAUAGAGGCACUGAUAAAUACCUCAAUGGAGAAACACUGGUCAGGAAAUAUUUGAUUUUAGGAGAGAAGCAGAAAUAACAAUGAAUGCCUCAGUUCUAAAUGAUGAAAUCAGUAGGCUGCAGUCAGAAAACAGAAUUCUACAGGAAGAUCUUCGUCAGUGCCAGAAUGACAAAGACUUUGUUUGGUCUUUAUGGAAAAAGUUACAAGUUGCUAACCCAGAUGUCACCCAGGCAAUCAGCCUUGUUGUUCAGAGAGAAAAAGAAAAGGCUGAAAUCAAAGACAGGAAAGUGCUUGAGGUUUUACAGAUGAAAGAUGACAAAAUAGAAGAGUUACAAACACUUUUGACUCACAGAUCUCAAGAGCUAGGAGAGAUAGCAUCAUUAAAGUUAGACCACCAAGAGGAAUUUCGGAGGUUUCAGAAAGAAAUUGACCAAUUACGGGAUCAGAAUGCAGCACUUGAGAUGCAGCUGCGAGCACAGGGUGUUGUAUUCACCCCUCCUCCACGGUUUUCGUGGAAGAUGAGAAGUGUUGAAGUACGAGAAAAAAGUUCCGGAGAUUUGCAUCGCAAUACAGUGGAGAAUCUAUCUCAGGAUAAAAGUGAUUUGGAACAAAAAUGUCGUAAGAUGUCAACAGAAAUUGAAGUGGUUCGGGCAGAGAAGGAAAGUAUAAUUGCCCAGAAGGUAUCACUUGAAAACAAAGUCAGGCAAUUGGAGCGAGACAUUGACGAGAAGGUGGAGAAAUUUGAGGGCAUUAUACGAGAAUUAGGUGAAGCCAAAAAAUUACUACAACAGUAUGACAUAAAAACACAAAAAUUAACAAAGGAAAAUGAAUUCAAGAAUAAAGAGCUAGAAACUGUCAGAAAAGAAUUGUCCGAAUUAUGGAACAGUCACAAUCAGCUGACUGAACACUCGAGUCAACAGGCAGACCUCAUCAGACAGCUACAAAGUCUGCAACAGGACACACAAAAAAUGUUGAAGAAUCAAGAGGAUGCCUAUAGCAUGGAGACCAAUUCAUUACAAGAUAUGUACAAAGAUCUGACCAAUAGAUAUGAAGCAGCUAAAAAAUCUCAGUCUGAAAUGCGACAGGAAGUCCACAACCUUAGAAAGGAAUUAUUAGAAAAGGACUCUGUCAUAGCUUCUCUUCAGGGUAAAGUUGAUAGUUACCAAAGACGACAGAGGAGUAGAAGUCCUGGAACAUCAGGCAGUUUUAUUGAUGAAAAGCCAUCAUCUGAUCUGGAGAUUAAGGUUCGGGGAAUGCAGCGGGAGAUAAAUCUACUAAAGGAUGAACUAGAAGACAAGGAUCGAUUGAUAGAAAGAUUGGAACAGGAGAAUGACAAACUAAAUAUUGAGUUUGAUGUGUCUGGCCUCAACAAACGAGAAAGAACUCACUCUACCCCAGCAAGGGAGGUUCGCAGUGUAGCCCUGAGUCCCAUUAAGUCCUCUGCCAGGGGGGAGCACUCCAGGUCUCGCUCACUGUCUCCAGUCAGGAAGGUGAAGGAAGGACCCCCUGUCAGACAGGGUGACCUCAGACACAGACUGCUGCAGACAGAAAGAAAACUGGAUGACACCAAGAAUAUGCUUAGACUAAAGAACCGUGAAUUGGAGGAACUAAAGAAGGCUCAUGCUAAACGCCUGGAUAGACUGAAGAGUGCCCAGAUAGAUUACAAGAUCCUUAAAGACCAGCUGAAGCUGUAUGAGGAUGAAAACAGCAAUAAGAUGGAGAGGGGAAGAAAGAAGAAAAGGGCAGACCCGCGGGAUCUUCGCCAAGAGAACAGUGACAAAGUCUGGAAUGAGCUAGCUGUGUACAAGAAUGAGAAUCGCAACCUGGUCGUAGAAAAGAUGUCUUUGGAGGAAGAAAUUGACAUGUUGAAGGUACAGGCCAGUCAGGAUGCCGCUACUCUACAUGAGCUUAAGGUGGCUCUGGAGCAGGAGAGAGAAAGUAGAAAGUAUGACAAGAAAAAGGCUGGAUAUCAAACUCAGGAGAAAUCUGACUUACAGGCGGAACUCACACUGACCAGAUCAGAGGUUCAAUCUAAAUCUGUCAGACUGGAUAAACUAGAGAGAGAGCUCAGGGAAAGUCAGUCAGAGAAGGAAGCUCUGUUAGAAGAAAGGAGGAAUCUCAAAUCUGAAAUAUUAGAAAUGAAACAAGCAAAUUCAAAACAUCGAAUGGAGACAGCAAAUUUGAAGCGAGACAUCAACAGACUGGAGAGAGAAUUGGAGGAAGAAAAGCUUGCCAAACAAUUCCAGGCCGUCAAAGAGAAGCUAAGCACAAAACAGACUAGGCCAAGGUCACGGAGAGCCGAAGUCAGAAACAAAAGCCAGGCAUCUAAACGAGUUGAUAUUGCUGGGGAAGAGUACCAGAAAGCACUCAACAAAAGUAUAGAGAAGAUGAGGUCUGUCUUCCGUGAUUUUGAAGAUGAGGGAUGGGAAGAGAUACCAGAAUCAGAAGAAAUUGAUGAAGAAACGGAGAGUGAUUCUCUGGGUCAGACCAUUGUGGACAUAUCCCAGUCACAGACCACGCCCCCUAGUGAUGAGAGUAUGGAUCACAGACAUACAAUUAAAAGAAGCCUCAGACCUAUGAGUUUUAAGAUGUCUUCUUUAAGAAACAGACGAGGUGGAAUAAGAAAUCUACAUCAUCGUAACCGAGGUAUUUCACGUCCAUAUGCAACCAGAGUAACCGACAAUAAAAAAGUUACACUCAGGGAAGUAGGUACAUCUCCAUUAAAAGCAACAGUCCAGGAAUUCACUCCCUCCCCAAGGAUCCAAGAGCAACGAGCUUAUGAACAGAGAGUACAAGCUAGCAACCAGCUUGCACGACAAGCUAAACAGCUCAAACAGCGUGUAGGCUACCUCACACAGCAAAUCACCACUCUUCGAGAAUCUCGAGGUGCUGCUGUGAAGGGAUUAGAACAACAGAAGGAAGUGAACCAACAGCUGCAAGCUGACCUAAAUCUGGCCAAUCAGAGGCUGAGAAUGGCUAAACAGAACAUCCAGAAACUGACAACUGACAUGGACAAGGUUUUACAAGAGAAGGCUACUCUAGAGGCCCAGAUAGUGGAGGAGAAUCGUCACACAACAGCUACAGACAAACAUACAGAACAGGACUGGAAAAUCCUCGAGUCCAGACUCAAAGCAUCUUCCAAUGAGCUGUGUAGACAGUCCAAUCAGGCCAGACAGCUAAAACAAGAAAACGAACAACAACAGGAACAAAUCAGGACUCUGCAGGAAAAAAUAAGCCGAGUGGAGAGAGACAAUAAUCAGAAGAGGACACUACUAGAGGACCAGAGAGUCAAGUUAAAACUGGCUCAAACGAAUGCCAAGUCUGAACAAAAUGCAAAUGAAGAAAUGGAGACAAGAAUUAAACUGAUUCAAGACACCAGUGAUCGACUCAAGAUACAGGUGGAGUCCUACAAGAAGCGACUGUCAGCAGUCACCAGAGAAAAGAGGGAGUAUGAAGAAAGAUUCCUUAAAGUUAAUGCAGAACUGGAGAAAAAGAACAAGCAUUUUCUGGAGAGUCAGACUAGGAGAAUGGAGCUGGAGUCUGCUGUGGGUGAUCUAGAGAACACAGCUCAGCAGCAACUCCGUGGACUGGCAGCACAGAGUGAGGCAGCCAUUGAAGCAGCUCAAAGGAAGCUCAGUGAGGCCUACUACACAAUACAGCAAUACCAACAGUUUGUCAAGAGCUUGGGACAUGAGUUAAUAAAGAGACUAAAUCAAUCCCGAUUCCACUUAAAAGAGACCUUAAGUCAUCGAGAGAAAGAAAGUCAGCAAAGUCAAGUCAAUGCUUCACUGCAGAGGGCCCAGGCAAUGGCCAAAGAUAUACUGAAUUUAAGCCAGUCAGAUCUUGAGGAUAUCAUGAGUGCUGAUGGUGACCCAGAGAGAAUGGAGCAGGAUAUUGACACAGACAAAAAGCGGGACAAACGAUGGAGCAAGAAAUGUGAAAAGUUAAUGAACACAAAGGAGGACUUUGUAAGUCCAUUAGUGGACUUGUUUGUUCAGAAAAUGGAGGAAAUGUGUGAGCUGUCAUCCAAGCUCCAGGCAGCAUGAUAACUUAUGGACUGAUCACUGUGAUAUUCUACUUAAUAUGACUGAACCUUGUUCACUGUGAUAUUUUGUUGAACAUUGCAUUUAUGAAGGAUUAAGAGGGUUUAUAAGUUAGAAAAACACAUCCAAAAGAGUGUAGUGCUAACCAUUCUAUCAAGGUGCAAAUCAGCAUAUAUAAUAGUCUCCUUGCUAUUAAUAGGUCAGUAAUUGAUGAACUUGAAUCUAGGAAAGCUGUGCUGUACAUGGCGUGAAUUAUGUUAUAACCAUGUUGAUUGUUAGUGUGAGGAAGAUG